AUGCAUGAAACGGUCUUUAGCCAUUCCCCUGCAGGGUGUGCUUCGAGAUUGCUUGAAUUCGGUGGCCAGGUGGUAUACACCGACGUAGCUUUGGACCCAUACAACUCGCUAGGACAUGAUGGAAUUGUGCGCUCGGAUGGGGUGAUCCUGAAUGACGAGACGAUUGCAUACCUCUGCAAACAGGCCGUGUCGCAAGCCGAAGCGGGCGCAGACUAUGUGAGCCCCAGUGACAUGAUGGACGGGCGAGUUGGUGCAAUCCGUGACGCGCUUGAUGACGCCGGUUUUACCAACGUGGGCAUCAUGGCCUACAGCGCCAAGUAUGCCUCGGCUUUCUAUGGGCCUUUCAGAGAGGCCCUGGACUCGAACCCGGUGAUAGCAGAAGAUUGGAAGGUGCCAAAGGGGAAGGAGACGUAUCAGCAAGAUCCGGCCAACUACAAGGAAGCAUUGUUGGAGGCCGCAUUGGAUGAAGAAGAGGGCGCGGACAUCCUCAUGGUCAAGCCAGCAAUGCCCUACCUCGACAUCAUCAAGGGGCUGCAUGAUCAGAGCAAUUUGCCAAUCGCCGCCUACCAUGUCUCAGGUGAGUAUGCCAUGCUGAAGGCUGCCGCAUUGAAUGGCUGGCUGGAUGAGAAGGCAGUGGUUUUAGAGGCUCUGCUCUCUAUCAGACGCGCCGGUGCGACUGUUAUCCUGACCUACUACGCCAAGCAGGCAGCGCGGUGGCUGCAGGAAGAGCAAGCCUGA